CUUAAAAGUGCUCAAACAAUGUAAGGUGCAUGUUGAUUUGAAAUGUUUUCGCUUGUAAGUGUUUUGUCAGUGAGUGAACAUGUGAGAGAUAGUUUCACAUAGAGAUAGUGUGUCAGUCACUAAUUGGACUGAAUUUCACUGAGCAAGAAAAGAUCUGGCUCGAAAAUUCCAGCACUUGUUUGCACAGGCUGGCCUUUGUUGUCCUUGUUGCUGUGUUAAUAGCUAUCUCUCGGCCUCACACACUCGCAUGCAGCCUCCCCCUUGAAAGGUCUUCAGUGCCAAACAAGAUCAGACCCUCCACCUUCUCAGGAACCUGACGAGAUCCUACGGGGAUAGAGACCUAUCCUCCUGGUAUUUCACAGCACCGGAGCCUGCAGGACUGCAGCACCAUGAUCCUGAAAGCUCCACAACAGUCAGGAAUCGUCUCCAUGAAUGGAAAGGGGGCCUCUGGGUCCCCCCUGGCUGAGCCUGGACCAUAGCUAGUAGGGAAUCUCCUGCUGAUCUUCAGUCAAGAUAGACAUUGAGAUGUUUGAGGUAAAGACCUGCGCUCAGGAUGUUGGCAGCCAUGUGGAAGAGCUGGAGUGCAAGAUUUGCUACUGUGCUUAUAAUCUGGGGUGUCGCAGGCCAAAGGUGUUGGAAUGCUGCCACUGCCUGUGUGCCAAAUGUCUCGCCAAAAUCCACGACUUGGGAGAGUCGCCCCCGAGUAGCGUGGUGUGCCCCUUCUGCCGCUACUCCACCAGCCUGUUGGGAGAGGUGGUGAGCAGCCUGCCGGACGACCGCAGCCUGGUGGCAAUGUUGACUUUGCAAAGCAGAAACCGAAGGAACCUUCAGUACCGCCAGGAGAACACCACAGAACUGCUGCUCGACCCCAGAAACCUGGGCGACCCCUCUACUUACUCUUCCAUCCGAGGCUCUCCUAACUUUGUGGUCAUCACCAUCAUGGACACUCCGCCGCGUCCCUCCCUGAGCCAGGACACCCUGCACCGGCAGGGCGGACCCCACGCUCCAAACCGUUUGUCCAGCCAGGACUCCAUGGCGUCCAUCACACAGAGGUGGACCUGGUGGAACUGCAUCGCCCUCCUGUGCCAGACCUCGGCCCGGGUGCUGGUGUGGAUGCUGGGCCUGCUCUUCUUCAGCUCGCUGCCCAUGGGGGUCUACCUGCUUAUCAUGCAGCAGACCACUGUGGGGGUGCUGCUGGUCGGCCUGAUCCCCACCAGCCUGGUUGUUGUCAUGUUCUACGGCUUCUGCCAGUGCUUCUGCCGGGAGGUCUGGAAAUGCAUGCCGCCAUAGUGGGACCAAUGGGGGUUACAUGUAGCGUACUGCUUGGAAGUAUUUUUGAGCCAUUAUGACAACUGUACUUCUUCUUUAGGAAUCCCAUGUUAGAAGUCAUUAGUCAUCACUAACAAGAGAACAUGCAUGUGAUGUUUAUCUUAACAUAUGUUUAGCACAGGAGUAGGCAACGCGCAGCUUUUGAGCCACAAGCGGCUCUUUGGCGCCGCCCUAGUGGCUCUCUGGAGCUUUUUCAAAAACGUAUGAAAAUGGAAAAAGAUGAAGAAAAAAAUUUUUUUUUUGUUUUAAUAUGGUUUCUGUAGGAGGACAAACACGACACAAACUUUCCUAACUGUUAGAAAUCCCACUGUUGACAUUAAACAUGCUUCUCUAA